GUAAAUUUAAAAAUACGGUCAAUCAUUUUGUAAAUUUUGAUUGUCUGAGAAAGUUGAAGGUGGCUAAAUCACGACUGAGUUAUUCCAUUCCAAUAAUUAUUGAACUGGACGACAGUGAUAAUUAGUGAUUAAAAAUCGCUAAAAAUCAAUCACAAUGGAAUAAAUGCAUCCAUCAUUUUUUAUUCCCCUGAAUUUUAAGAUCCAACAUAACACUACGCUUUUGAUUACCCAUUCAAGUUGUUUUUCGAUGUAAAUUUGUUAUAUUUAUUCAGUUAUCUACUGAUUUAGCUCUUUUCUUUCCCAUCUCGUUAAUUUCGCCGUCCUAAGAUAAUUACCAAAACUGGAACCUAUUAUCUUUUGUCUUGAGUGCCCAACGCGUUAUCCAAUUAUGUAGAUAUAGUUAAAAUAAAGGCAUUUUAAUAUUCUCACAAAAUGAAAAGAAGAUAAUUGAACUAAUGUUAAUCAAAAUAGAGCUUGAAGGAAAACGAGACAGAGAUCAAGAACAAAGUGUACUUGAUUGGAUAGAGGCCGUACUUGGCACCAAGGUGGACCGUUCUAAACCAUAUGAAGAGGUACUGAAAGAUGGAGUGCUACUUUGCAAAGUUAUCAAUAAACUAAAACCUGGUAGUGUUAAGAGAAUCAAUGAGAACGCUACUAUGCCAUUUAAAAUUAUGGAAAAUAUUAAUGCAUUUCAAGAAGCAAUUAAGGCAUACGGGGUGCCUACUGCUGAUGUUUUUCAAACAGUCGAUUUAUUUGAGAAAAAAGAUAUUGCUCAAGUGACACAAUGUAUUUAUGCUCUUGGAAGAACAUGUCAAACACAUCCGGAAUACAAUGGCCCUACUUUAGGUCCAAAAUUAGCUCAAGAGAAUAAACGUGAAUUCACUGACGAACAGUUACGUGAAGGCGCGAAUGUGAUUAGUCUACAAUAUGGUACAAAUAAAGGUGCUUCACAAGCUGGCAUGACAAUGGGCAAACAAAGAAUGAUUCUUGAUUAA